AUGGCCGAUACAUACAUUAAGCCCGAUCCUGAUUCGAAGCCUUCCCCUGCAGCCCUCAGCGAAGAUGACAUCUACGAAGAUGCAGGUGACCUCGAAUUUAAUACAGACUCUGCCUACCAACGCAUGUAUCUCGCAAGAGUACCAAAAUACGUUUGGGAUGCAUGGCAAGGCCUCGAUGAUGAGUCGGAAAUUCAAAUAGGAACUAUUCGGCAGUGCUCUACAAAGAACGCUAAAGGAGUUCCCAAGCUUUCGUUACACAUGCUAUUGAGAAAAGAUCUUGCGCAACACCAGAAUAUACCGAAAGAAUAUAAUUUGGAUGUAACCGAAGAAAAAGUUAAGAAUACAUUUGUAUUCACAGAACAAGAUCUUCCCGGCUUUAAGUCACGAUCACAGAUGAAAUUUGAUCCAAAAAGUGCAAACAUGCCGGCUAGGCUGACGCGCCCAAAGGUUGAUAAAUUGAAUCCCAGGGGGCCUUAUGACCCUAACAAGCGAUUCCAACCAUAUUUCAGGAAAGCUGUACCGAAAAAGACAACGAUUGCUGGAAAAGUAGCCCAUGAGGUAAACUGUAUCACUGUAGAUAACGAAGAAGCUCAGCGUCUCUUGGCUAUGCGAACUAUUGAGGCUAUGAAACCAAAAAUGCACACCAAAUUUCUAAAGCAAGACUUUUCCGUUACUCGUAAAGGCUUUAUUCAGCCUGGCUCAAUCAGCGCCCAAAAUACUUUCUCAGGCUUUAUUAAAACCAAAAGCGCUCUCCCAGGUCAACGAUCUCAGACUCAGAAAACGGCUCGUAUGCCUCAGAAUGAACUCUUGGACCGUAUAUUUGAAUGCUUUCGAAAAUAUAACUAUUGGUCUAUGAAAGCUCUUCGAACAGAACUCCAACAACCAGAAGCUUACCUACGUGAGGUGCUUGAAAAAGUAGCAUCUCUAGCCAAGAGCGGCAAAUUUGCAACGCUAUGGUCAUUAAAAGCUGAAAACAGAAUGGACAGCUAUGAAGACACUGUCGCCCCUACCACAGAAGGUGACAUGGCAGGCGAAGAUAGCGACGGUGCUGAAGACGAUGGAGAAAACGAUGUCGACAUGAGGUUCGAAGAUGUGGCAUAA